GGUAUAUCCCGGCAGCCCUUGCGCAGUUCCGCCCCGGUGCAUCCCGGCGUGCCCCGCGCUCCCUCACGGCCGCCAUGGCGCAGGGCCGGCCCAAGGCCGCGGCCAAGCGCCCCAAGGCGGCGGCGGCGGCGGCGCGGAGCGCUCGGGGCCCGCGGAAAGGAGGCCGCACCAUCGCCCCCAAGAAGCUGCGCGUGAUCCAGCAGCAGAAGCUGAAGAAGCGGCUGGAGGUCGGGAUCCGGGCGCGCAUCGAGCGGGAGGCCGUGCAGCGGGCGCAGGGCGCGCUGCCCAAGAAGCUGGCCCUGCUGACGGCGCCCAAGGGCGGCAAGGACAGCGCCAAGAAGGGCCGGGGCUGAGCCCGGGACCCCCGGCAGCGACCCCCGCACCGCCGGGACUGAGCUCCACCCGGCUCCGGGGCAGUCCCGGCUGAUCGCAGCCCCGAGACCCCCGGAACCAUCCCCGAACCCCGCCCUGGGGAAAUGCAGGCUCCUCUCAGCCCCACAGAAUCCCCCAGGAACGACCCCUGAACCCCCUCCGUGAGCUCCAAAAGGGUCUGGGGCAGUCCGGGCUGAUCGCAGCCCCGAGACCCCCGGGAGCGACCCCCGCAGCCGGGGGGAAUCCGGGCCGUUCUCAGCCUUUAAUAAAAGGGAUUUGUGUCCUGCCCUCG